GAUUGCAAAAAGAAAGAGGAGAGAGAGGCAGAGACAGACAGAGAGAGAGAGGGGGGGAGGGUGGAGGAGUACGUAUGAGAGAGAGAGAGCAUCACACAUUUCCUCACUCUGGACGGCUGGGAAGCACGGGGAGGGCUCGCGGUUUCUUCUCCCCCCUACAUGCCUCUCUCCGCGGAGCACCUGAUUAGGAGCGGUGCGCAGCUGCUCGGCGCGGCUCUGGAACGCGGCCAGCGCGCCCGGCGCCCCGGACACCGUGGACCGUCUGCACGCGCAGCGGUGAGCGGCUCCAGCGCCGGCGUGCUCAAGCUCACACCUGCCUCAGCCAUGGAUUUUCGGCAGCUGGAUGAAAACUGACGCCUCGCUCAAUGGAGCCCGUCGCCACGCCGCCGAACGACUCGCCUUUCUCCGCCGGGAUGGCGAACGCCACCCCCGCCCUCCAGCUGGGCUCGAACCUCACGCAGGGGGCGGAGCUGGGCGCCAUGCCGCAGAGCCCCCUGCAGGUGCAGGUGGUGACCAUCCUGCUGGCGCUGCUCAUAUGUGGCGUCGGGAUCGCGGGAAACAUCAUGGUGGUGCUGGUGGUGCUCCGCACCAAGCACAUGAUGACGCCCACCAACUGCUACCUGGUCAGCCUGGCCUUCGCCGACCUCAUCGUCCUGCUGGCCGCCGGGCUGCCCAACAUCUCCGACGUGGUGGCCUCCUGGGUCUACGGCUACGCCGGCUGCCUGUGCAUCACCUACCUGCAGUACCUGGGCAUCAACGUGUCCUCCUGCUCCAUCACGGCCUUCACCAUCGAGCGCUACAUCGCCAUCUGCCACUCCAUCAAAGCCCAGUUCAUCUGCACCGUGUCCCGCGCCAAGAAGAUCAUCGCCUUCGUCUGGGUCUUCACCUCCCUCUACUGCAUCAUGUGGUUCUUUCUGGUCAACACCAACGAGACGGUCUUCGCCGACGGGGUGGUGGUCAAGUGCGGCUACCGCGUCUCCAGGAACCUCUACAUGCCCAUUUACUUCCUGGACUUCACGCUCUUUUACGUCAUACCGCUGAUCGUGGCCACGGUGCUGUAUGGCCUGAUCGCCAGGAUCCUGUUCAUGAGCCCCCUGCCGACCAACCCCAGCGACCGGGUCGGGAACGACUCCGUCCACCAGGGACGGUCCAGCAGCACGGUCAAGAUGUCCUGCAAGUCGAACAAGGGAGCCAUGACGUCCAGGAAGCAGGUCACAAAGAUGCUAGCGGUCGUGGUGAUCCUGUUCGCCCUCCUCUGGAUGCCCUACCGGACGCUGGUGGUGGUCAACUCCUUCAUGGACCCGCCGUACCUCAACACCUGGUUCCUGCUCUUCUGCCGCAUGUGCAUCUACAUGAACAGCGCCAUCAACCCCAUCAUCUACAACCUGAUGUCCCAGAAGUUUCGGGCCGCGUUUAAGAAGCUCUGCAAGUGCAAGAAGCAGCACCCCGAGAAGGUCGCCAAGUACAACAUGCCGGUGUACUACAGCGUCAUGAAGGACUCCUCCCACGAGAGCCCGGACCACGACGACACCGAGCAGGAGGACAUGGGCGGGUACUCCGUCGCCGCCAAAAAGGUCAGCUUCACCGACAAGUGCAAGGAAACGGGGACCAUGUUCAGCAUCGCCUGAGCAAGCUCCUCCCACUGGCCACGGAACCUUUUCAGGGGGGAGGGUUGGCGGUUGGGAGAGACCACAUACGCGCUUGCUGGUGUCCCAAACAAAAAAUUUGAUUGACGGUGAGCGCUUUUUCCAGACAAGAAAGACUUAAAACUUGUAAAAUUUGCCAAGAGAAAGAUGAAUGUCACCUUCUCUGAUUCUCCAUUAGCGCAACCUUCAAAAUCAUUUUCACUAUUUCAUGCACGGCAUCUGGUAGCUGUACAAACAAUAUACACAAUAUAUACCUAUCACAGUAUCUUUACCAAUAUGUGUUACAUUAAUCAUAAAAAUAAUGCUGUCUGAUUCUUUCAGUAAUCAAGCCUGAUUAAAAUUCACCCUCCAUAUUACCAGUAAUGACUAGCCAAAAUAAUAUUUUGUAGAGAACAGAGGAAGAAAUCAUUUUUAUUGAUUCAGGGGCUGGCUAUUCAAACAGAAUGCCCUCAAAACACAACAUGUUUUUUUGUGUUUUCAGUUUUUGAAACACAGUUUUAGUGCAGUAUUCUUAAUGGGACUUGAGCACUUUUUUUGUUGGACUCAACAUAUUAUGCUGUGUUUGUUUUCAGUGAAGUCAGUGUUUACUUUUGUAAAUAAUUUCAAAGUUGUUACUUGUUUCUAUGGAUUGCUGCUAUCUGGAUUGCCUAUUCAACAACAGACCUUCCCUUUCAUUACAAGGGAAGAGACAAUUGAGAUUUUGCAGCUCUCCUCCAAAAAUAUAAUUAUGCAGAGCCAUUUCAAUGUGACAUUACAGGGGAGAUAAGACAUCUUAGAAAUACCCCAGGCAUAUGACAUUGCAGCCCUUUUUCAGUUGAUUAUACUUGUCAGUUAAAAUAAAUUGAUUCCCAGUUGAAUUGCUGCUCAGCUAAAUUAGAUAUGAGUUUGCCUUCUCAUCCUCAAGAGACAUUUCUGAAGGAUAACUGCCAUUAUAAAUGAUGAAUCACCAAGCACAACAACGAGGCGCAUUCCUUGUUGUGUACAACGUGGACAUAAAGAUAAUGAUAAGCUGAAUUGUGACAACAAAUUAAUCUGAAGCCCUUAACAACUCCGGGAAGACGAAUUAAAAUGUUUAACUUGACGUGUUAUUAUUUUACACUCACGAAACAACACGCAAACAGGAUGCAUCUUUAACUAGGUCAACGCUCCAUUUUGUAAAAUCAACACUCAUUAUUUUCCUCUCACGCAGGGCAUUUAAAACUAGCAAAAUGUGCUGUAAAGAAGGAAGGAGGCUAUGCUGUAUUUAAAAAAAAAACAACAUGAAUCAUGUGAUGGCCUCAGGCAGUUCUGGAGGCAAGAAUGAAGACAUUCUGUGGGGCUCAGAUCUGACUUCAAAAGUGCUUCUAAAGUCACACUUCGGUGUGUAAAAAUAGCCUCCCUGUACACUCGACUUUCCAGAUGUCACACCCCAGAAUCGGCGCUCACGGUAGACAGGAAGGAGAACUUCAUGGGGUAAAAAGAAUUUGUAAUCUCAAGACCAUUAUCACAUGUCACAAGGAAGAGUCUCCAGUUCUGGAAGGUCAUUUUAGAUAAUGUCAUGAGAUAUCAAAUCAAAUCUUUUUUUAAAUAUUUUUUUAAACCUGGCUCUCUUUACCUUUUUUUUAUCUUAAAAACAAAGCUUAGUUUUAAAACCACAACAUUUUUACUACCAAGCUCCUAAUAAGAGUCUGUACAUUGGUUUUAUUAAGGUUCACAGGAGGUUCCAAGUGUAACACUGCAUUGGUUAGACCAGUGAAAACAGCUCAAGGUUUUGUAAUUAAUGUCAUGAGUGGGACAUUGAUGUUAACAACAAAUCUUGUAAAUACAUUUAAAAAUACAUAAGGUAUGUAUCUCUUUGAUUUAAUUGUAUGUUUAUUGUUUAGUUGAGUAGAAUGAUUAAUCACUUCAUAUACCAACAAAUGAAAAAAGAAGUAAAACUAUGGUAUUAUUAAGUCAUCUGGUCGUGCACACUUUGCCACUGUAAUUAAACUGUAGUGUUUUCUUGUUUGUUUUUGGUUUUCAAUGGCAUGCAUACAUUGUUUGUGUGCAUAAUUAUUAACAGGGAAAAAUCAUUUGGCAGUGAUGUCCAGUUUAUUGUGCAUAUUAGUAGUUGUGCUGUAAAUGAACUACCUAAAUUUGGUCAGAAAUGUGAUGACUGACUGUUGUUUGCCAAUAGCUUAUCAGUUUGUUUUGUAAGCAUGGUGUUGUGCUGAAAUGUAUGAUUAAAUUAGAUUUAAAAAAUGGAAAUAGAAGUACCUUGUCAAGGAAUUCUUUUUUUUUCUUUUUUUUCAAAAAAUAUUCCCAUAGUGUAAGGCAGUUUACAGAAGUGUGCCCCUAAUCAGGCCCACAAAGGAAAACAGACUGUUAACUGUGCUGCCAGGGAAUCAGCAGGGUGUAAUAAAGAGACAGUGCUCAGUUGCAAAACAUCCUACUGGAAAAAAUACUGGAUGGCAUGUAAACCUUAGGUUCUCCAUAAUACGGUGUAAUAGUGUUUGGUAUUGCUGGAAAACCAAUCGGCGUCAAUGUCUCAGCUACGAAUGCUAACAUGGUGUUAGGCUUACAGAAGUAGCGAAAGCAGGAUCAUUGAUGUACUGUUUUGUUAUGACUGGGUCUUUAUUUCAUGGGGAAAGUGCAAUGGUUCGGGGAGACCUAUCAACAAGGUCUCCUGUGCAUCAUAUGUGUAUAGCCAUCCAACUACGCACACAUUUUGCACCAUUGUAUAUUGCUAUUAUUGAACACAAUGUACAAUAAACAGCAUAUAUUUUGA